AUGUAUCGGAAGUUGUCUAAGUUAGAACACUCGGAAAUAAAACAACUUCUAACAGAAGCUAACAUAGAAGUAGCAAAGCAUUACGCAACAAACAAAAAAGCACUCGCUGACAUCCUCAAUGACUAUAAUGGUGCAAUAAGUUAUGAUAGAAUUCAUGAGUUCAUAAAGCCGCAACGCGGCGAGGACGAAGUCCAUGCAAGAGCAUUUCCUUUAAAUGACGUUGCUAUUGACUUAUAUCAUAGACGUUCAGUACCUCAUGAAGUAAGAAGAGAAAUGUUUGACAUAACAAAUGCAAACGUUGGUGAAACAAGAAGAAGAGACGACACACUGAAACAACAGAGAAGAGAGAUGUUUAAGAGCGCUAUAGAACAAGUUCGCAAAGCUAACGAUGUCAUUCGUUCCAUUGACGACAAACCAAAAGAAGGUGAGAGAUGGUUAAAGAAAGAUGAAGAGAAUAGGAAGAGAAAUGUGAAGUCAGGCAAUAGACUCAUUGACUUUAACAUCGAAGCUUUAGAUGAACCAAACAGAGACUACUUACACAAACAUUUCGGUAAG